AUGAGUAAACAAGAUACUCGUGUUAUCUUUGUAGGAUGUUUAAGACCAAAAACAACAGAAGAAGACCUAACCAAAGCUUUCAGUACUGUUGGAAAAGUCGAAGACGUAAUGAUUCUUAGAGAUGAAAAUGGAAAAUCAAAGCAAGUCGCUUUUAUUUCAUACGAAACACCAGAAAUAGCUAAACUAGCCGUAGAAAAGUACGAUCAAACUCUCCAAUGCAAUACUAUCGUUCAUGUUGAAUUAAGAAAAACUAGAUCCCCAAAGAAUGAACAAUCAGAUGAUGAUCAAUAUCAUAGAACGGAAACAGAACAAUCCAGCUCCUCAAAUUCAUCAUCUUCUGAAGAUGAAAAACCUAAAAAGAGAAAACACAGCCACCACAGACAUCACAAACAUCAUCAUAGAAGACACAGACAUAGUUCGAGUUCUAAGAGUGGUUCGGAAGAUUCAAACAGUGAAGCUGAUAAAGGAAAACACCGUUCUCACAGACAUCAUCACCAUCACCAUUCUAGAUCCAAUCAUAGCUCCGAGUAA